ACCAUUAUGUACAUAUAUAGUAUCAUUGUAUAUUCAGUGGUACCAUUUGACCAAUGAUACUAGAAUAUUUAUUCAUUUAUACAUAUACAUAAUUACAUAAAUACUCCUUUUAUGCAUUUGUAAAUGCGUAACAUUUCUCCCUUUAAAAUCCCUCCAACCAUGGUAGGGCCUUUUCAGUACUCCCUCCUUUUUUUUCUCUUCAUUCUUCCCCAAAAAUUGAUGCAAAAUCCCAAACAAACCUCCUCUUCUUAAUAUCUCUCUCCUCCAACCACCAUGGAACCACCUCCACCACCUCCUCACCACUGCACCACCACCACCACCGCACAACUUACCGCAACCUCCCUCCCAACCCCACAAUGCUUCAAAUGCGGCGCACCCACCAACCUCCCAUCACCACCCCCACCACCCGACUCAUCCUCUCCACCUGCCUACAUCCCAAUCCGCCUCCCCGCCGUCAACCUCCCUCCCAACACCGCCGCCAAAACCCAACAAUCCAUCGUCCUCACUCCCGUCCCUCAACCCCACCCUGUCCCCCCUCUCUCUCCUCCUUUCCACUUCACCACCCCCAUCAAACGCAUCACUUCUCCUUCCGACGCUUCCCACUUCAUCGACUCCUUUUCCGGCAAAUCCUUCCUCUCUUUCGUCGCUUUUCUCUCUCACUCCAUUCGUGGUCACAAGAUCUCCGAUCCUUGCCCUGUUUCAGAUACCCUUUUCAAAAUUAUCUCCGUUUUCGACGCUUUGAGCUUCUGGGUUGAUGAGAUUCCUCCUGCUCUGCAAUCUGCCAGAUAUGGGAAUCCUGCUUUUAGGGUUUGGCAUCAACGAAUGACUGAGAAUUCCCAGAAAUUUAUGCUUGAUAUUUUGCAACAAUCUGAUCAACCUGAGAUUAGGGAUUCUGUUAUUGAGCUUGUUCCUUAUUGGCUUGAUAGCUUUGGUAAUGCAUCGAGGAUUGAUUAUGGAACUGGGCAUGAAACGAAUUUUGCUGCUUGGUUGUUUUGCUUGGCUAGAUUAGGGUUGAUUCAUGAGGAGGAUUAUCAGGCGGUUGUUUCUAGGGUUUUUGUUAAGUAUUUGGAUUUGAUGAGGAAAUUGCAGCUUGUUUAUUGUCUUGAACCUGCUGGUUCUCAUGGUGUUUGGGGUCUUGAUGAUUAUCAUUUCUUGCCAUUUGUGUUUGGGUCUGCUCAGUUGAUUGAUCAUAAGUACAUGAAGCCGAAAUCGAUACAUAAUGAUGAUAUUCUUGAGAAUUUCUCCAAGGAGUAUUUGUACCUUUCUUGUAUUGCUUUUAUUAAGAAGGUAAAGAAGGGGCCUUUUGCUGAACACUCUCCUAUGUUGGAUGAUAUUAGUGGGGUGCCUAAUUGGAAUAAGGUUAAUAGUGGUAUGCUUAAGAUGUAUCGUGCUGAGGUUCUCGAGAAGGUGCCUAUUGUUCAGCAUUUCCUCUUCGGUUCCAUCAUUCCGUGGGAAUAAGAUGUUGCAUCUUUUUUAUAUAGACCUUCACCAAGAAGACAGAUGGCCUUCCACACAUGUGUGAAUGUUAACUCGUAAAUGACUAGCUGAUUGGAAUGGAGAACAAUGCUUUGAAAGUAUAUACUCUUCGUUGUUUGAGACGGAGUAUAUCCAAAUUGGCUGUUAUUCUAACAUUUUGUAGUUUGUACAUGCAUGAUGAUGCCUGUGUGAGCUAGGUCAGAAAGUAAAAUAACGACUACAUGUUGGGUAAUAGUGAUAGUGUUUGUCAUUGGAUCUUUGGAGUAUUGGCAUUUGGCACUUCUUAAUUUAGUUCCCUGAGCUAUAUGGAUAAUGUUUUCACUCGUAUUUUUAAAGAAGUCUCGUCUUGCACCUCUAGCACGUGCAUUAGAUGGCUCUGGGGCCUGCUCUUGCCCAUGGUGGCUGUACUCAAGGUUCGCUACAAUUGAUUGUCUGCUCAUGUUUGUAGGUGACCUCCUUUGUUUCAAUCUAUAAUACGGAGUACAGAGUAUGUUUGCUGUACUACCUUCGUCUAGUCUAGUUCUGACAUUACUUAUUUACGUAGUAAUUACAUCAUCAACAUGACUAUCAAUAAUAUACAGUGGAGUUCUCUUACUUGAUGCUUA